CGCCCUCACCUCGCGCUUCAGCCAGCGCGUCUGCAGAGGAGCUCCUGCGUUUAAUGAAGGGCAGUCCACGUGAACUGGGAUUUUGCCAGCCUCCGCGCGUGGGAGCCGCCUUCCUGUCUAUAAAAGCGAAGUGCCGCCCGGCCCCCAGCAUUAGUUAAACAUUGGCAUUAAGAGGAGAACAGAGUAUCCAAGACUCCAUUCUUUCAGCUGGUGUUCGUCACUUUUCACAAAUGGUUGUGCAGGUCAAGCAAAACGUUCAGAGUAGCAGCGGCAAAAUGAGCGAUAACGGCCCACAGAAACUGGAGGCGAACAUUUUACUGCUAGGAGCAGAGAACGUGGGAAAAUCUGCUUUGACGGUACGAUUUCUUACCCGGCGCUUUAUUGGAGAAUAUGGAAGCAUCGAGUCCAUUUAUAACCACAGCGAUCGAGUGGACGGCCGUGAAAUUUGCUUCAACAUCUGGGAUUCGCUGUAUCCUCAGAACUGUGACCUGCAUGGAUGCAUCAGUGAAAAGCAGCUGCGCUGGGCUGAUGGCUUCAUUCUCGUUUACAGCAUAUGUGACCGGGCAAGUUUCAAUGUGGUUCGCCAGCAGGUGCAACAGAUCCGCCAAUUUAAAAAACUUCCCAGUGGAAUGGAUAAAGUGCCCAUCAUCAUUGUAGGCAACAAACGCGACUUGCAACACCGUAGGACUGUGUCCAGUGAGGAGGGCCGAUUACUUGCAAUGUCGGCAGACUGUGGUUUCUUUGAGACCUCUGCAGCAGAGACAUACCACGGUGUACUGCUGGUGUUUCAUGAAGUGUUGGACUUGAUAAGAGAGGCCAGAACUGUAAAAAAGGGGGUUGGCAUCAAGGGGAUUGUCAGGACUAUGUCUGCAGUGUUUGGAAAGAGGAGGAAUGAGUGAACAGAGAGUGGCCAUUUUGUAAGCUUUGUCUCUGGGUUGUUAUACAGCAAUGUUUGUGUGGGUUGCCCAAAACAAUGCAGGCACUGUGAGUGGACUUUAGGGAAUAGAAAAGGUAGAACCCCCUCAUGGUGCUGGACUUCUACCUCGCUACAUGCAAAAUGAAAUAUUGGUGCCUUUUAACAGAUCCAUCUGCACGUUUGGCAAGUCCUGUUAAUGGCAUUGUUUUGCGAGUACUACAGCACUGGAAAACCAUCACAGACUUCACCGCACUGUCAGACUGUUGAUGCACAGCAAGUUAAAUUCAAGAUUCAGCCAUCAAGAUGCUGCUUUCAACAGUUUUGUGAAUCAAGAAAUAGCCUUAGCCUGCAGUCGGUGCUUUAGCAAAAUCCAACAGGGAUGAUAACUAAUCAUCCUUGUAUUGUUCAUUAGAGUAAGUCCUGUAAUGUUUUGACAACAAAGAGGGUGGGGGGUAUAAUAUUUAAGUUUUUAACAACACAUUGUGUCAUUUUUUUAUAAUGUAAACAGAAUUGUACAAAUACUUGUGAGACAGGCAAUAUUUAAAUGCAUCUGCUACUAAAGUGGACGGUUUCCAGACACAUUAAUGGCAGCAAGUGUUUUCUGUCACUAGUAUUAAAUACACUUCUGCCCUUGUUACAUCCUCCAUGAUGUGUGUUUUCUCAGCCUGUUAGCUGCCCUCUGCUCUCAUUUCCUACUAAUGGGAAUCUCUGAAGUGGCAGAGUCCUUAGAAACAGAACAGAAGGUGGCUGUCAAGGCAGGGCAUGCCCACUAUAGUGGGUCUGUUAAUUGUUUCCUUUUGGCUCACUUGUAAGAUCAUCAUUUUCAUUUUGUCAGGGUG